UGUCUCCCAACAUGGUAAGGCAAAUGAUGUGUAUCUGCAUUUCUGGACAGAUCUAUCUGAAACUGUUUCUCUGCAAGAAACAAUGAGUGCACGAGAUCACCUUUUCCUGCUAUAAAGUCUCCAUGAAUGAUCCAGGCAAAGCUAGUCGAUAUACUAGCACAUAAUUUUAUCUUUGAAUGCAGCCAUCUUAACUCAGACAUUUUACCAAGAUUUUUGUCCCCAGAAUCUAAAGCAUGCUAGACUGUCUUUUCCCCCACUUUAGUCCCUGUCAGAUGGAUCUUUCUGCACUCCAUUCUCAUCUUCCUUUCUGAAGCGCAUCAAUUAAGUAUAACGAAAUCUUUCAAGUCACUUACUAUAAAGAUAAUCCACUUACUGCCUUGCUGAUGUUUAUCAUAACCUUCUUUCUGUGCUUCCAUGCGGGUUGCACAUUGCAGUAUUGCUGUGAGCUCGUCUCUGAUGACUGGUUUCAUGAGUUCUUCUGGUAUACAAGAAGAAACCCAAGCCCAGGAUGUGUCCCGGGAACAAACCACAUCAUUCUUAUCGCAAUCGAGUCACCCUUCCGUGCAGUAUUCCCAAAACCCAAACUACCCAAGUUUGAGCCCAUGCCUCUACCGGUGCAUUGCCACUCUCAAGGGCAGCUCAUCUUAUGUCUCCGGUUUCGCCGUCGACGGCGACACGCUCUACAUCGCCUCGUCGGACGGACACGUCAGACUGUGGCCGCUGGACAUGGCCAUGGACGUGCAACGGGCUGAGCAGUCCAGCUCUACGGUUGCAAUCACCAAUACUUGCAUAAAGUGUGUCGUCGCCACCCGCAACGGACUCGUGAGCUCGCAUCAGGACGGCAAGAUCAGAGUGUGGCAAACAGGUCGGAGGAGCGGGAGCUGCCACCUCGCUCUGCGUGCCGUCCUGCCGACCGCCGCGGACUGCCUGCGCACGUUCCUGUUCCCCAAGAACUACGUCGAGGUCCGGCGGCACCGGAAGCGCACCUGGGUGCACCACGUCGACGCGGUCACCGCGCUCGCGCUGUCCCCGGACGGCGUGCACAUGUACUCCGUGUCGUGGGACCGGAGCCUCAAGGUGUGGCGGCUGCCCGGCUUCCGCUGCGUCGAGUCCGUCUCUCCGGCUCACGACGAUGCCAUCAACGCCGUGGCCGUGUCGGCCGAUGGGCACGUGUACACCGGGUCGGCCGACAAGACGAUCAAGGCGUGGAGGCGCCACCCGGGGCAGAGGAAGCUCGCGCUGGUCGGCACCAUGGGGCACCACAAGGCGGCGGUGAACGCGCUGGCAUUCGGUGUCGGCGGGCAGGUGCUCUACUCCGGCUCGUGUGACAUGACUGUCAUCGUGUGGGAAAGUGCAGGCGGGGGCAUGACCGCCACCAGCACGCUCAGGGGGCACACGAGGGCCGUACUGUGCCUGGCCGCGGCCGGGGACGUGGUGUGCAGCGGUUCGUCAGACAGGACGGUGAGGGUGUGGAGGCGAGGAGCGGCAGCGGUGGGCUAUACGUGUCUGGCCGUGCUGGACGGCCAUACCGGAGCAGUGAAGAGCUUGGCGGUGGUGGGUAAAAUGGCAGGUGAUCACGACAGCUCGUGCGACGAGUGCUGUUCAAGCCGUGGCUGCUCUGCAAUUCUUGUCUGCAGCGGUUCGUUGGACUGUGAUGUGAAGAUUUGGAAGGUGAUUGUUUCUUGUUUACGACUUGGAGUGCUGCAGCUGUGCGCAGAUGAAUAGCUUCUGGAGCUGCGUCUGCGUGCUUCGGCAUUUUGGACGACCAAAAGAGCUCAAAGUUCGUUUACUUUGGGGGUUUCAUGGGAAUGUAGUACUAGCUUAGUUAGGUCGCUAGAUGCAAGGUCGUGUUUCUAUCAGUCGACUUCUUUUUUUGCUGGGUACGUCUUGGGGCAUGGCGGCACCCGAUUUUUCAUUUUUUCCUCGGUACGCCACCUUCCUCCCUUACCUUCACACCUCUCUCGCCCUAUCCUGCAGCUCGCGCGAUGCCUGCGAGCAGCACUGACGAGUUCCCACCUCCUCCCUCUCCUCCUCCAUUGCCUCGGGUGAUCUCUCUUCUCACGCACUCAUCCCGCUCCUACCAUUCGUCCUCAUCUUCGACGUAACCUGUUGCCAAAAACACCCCCACCUCAAACCCUGCCCACCAUCCGCUACCACAGAAACAAUGAAAACAGACAGAG